CCAAUACGCCGACGGCUAAAGUUUGACUAAUCCAGGAAGUUGUCGUGAGGAAAGUUUGAAGCGCUGGGAGCGCCUUCGAGUCGUCGGCGUCCCUUCGUGUUCCUUGGUGGAGGAAAAGUGACCAUGGUUUGGGAAGGCAGUGCGGGGUUGUAUAUGAGGGCGCUGUGCGUGGCGCUAUACGUGGCACUGGCAGCGAGUUUCACUCAGCCUCGAGACUCCGAGUUCACUUUCAUUUUACCUGCUGGGCGUAUCGAAUGUUUUUAUCAGAAAACCGAGAAGAACGUGAGCAUGGAGGUGGAGUACCAGGUCAUUGCAGGUGCUGGGAUGGACGUGGACUUCAGCAUCAGCAGCCCCCAAGGAGUCAUCCUCUACACGGACUUCCGGAGGUCUGACGGCAUGCACACCAUUGACUCGACAGACGAGGGCGACUAUCAGCUCUGCUUCGACAACACGUUCAGCAAGUUCUCGGAGAAGAUGGUCUUCUUUGAGGUGAUCUUUGACUCUCCGCAGGAAGGUCAGGACGACUGGUCCCAGAUGGUCCCACCCGAGGAGCUGCUGGACUACAAACUUGAAGACAUUCGGGAGUCCAUAGAGUCGACGUGGAACCGGCUGGAGCGCAGCGUCCAGAUCCAGACAGUACUGCGGGCGUUUGAGGCCCGCGACCGCAACCUUCAGGAGGACAAUUUGUGGCGCGUGACCUUCUGGUCGGCCACCAACAUGCUGGUCUUGGUCAUAGUGGCCCUCGUGCAAGUCUACAUGCUGAGAAGCCUCUUUGAUGACAAGCGGAGAGUUCGCACGUAGCACCGUGGGACGAGGACACGGCAGGGGAGCGGGGGGUCAAGGACACUCGUCCUGAGAAGUAGCUGGGGAAUGGGAGUAGGGGGCUUAGUGUGGGAAACGGGCGAACGAGGACACGGUGAUCUGCUUAAAGGCCAGCAGUGAAUGUUGUGAACUGGCGUAGUCGGCGGGAUCAGCCGUCCUGGGACUGCCCAGCGGUGCCUCGGCUUUUUCUUUGCCUUCUUUUUUUUUUGUUUCUUCCAUUCAUGUGAUCAGUCAUCUUUGAUGAUGCUGGACUUUUUUUUUUUUUUAUAUUAUUAUUUUUAAACAUUUCAGAACUCUGACCUGCCAAAGAACAAAUGAAAGUGAAAAUCUCCAUCUUUAAAAAAAAAAAAAAAAAAAGUCAAUUUUGGGAGUUU